UUGCAGAAAAUGAUGAGAGUUUGUCUGCAAUUCUCAAUAAUGCUUUGACUAGACAAGAGGAUAUCCCUUUUAUGGCUGUCGAUUUUGAGGGUUCAUCAGAAAAAAUAGGUGAAAAAAAUCAUUAUAUUUUGCAUCUUUACGGUUCUCUCAUUAACGGUCAAAAAGCAGUAGUUAUCCUUACAGGGAUUCAGAUUUUCUUUGAUAUACUUGUUUCUGAUAAAGAAAUCAUAGACAAGUUUAAAAUAAAAAUAGAUGCAAUUCUCUCUAGUGUUAUAAAUACCUAUAAAAUAGAAUAUAUUAAGGCCUUCCCCUUACGCGGUUACUAUACAGAAAAAAAGUCAUAUUUACGAAUUUUUACACUCGGUAGUGGGGAUAGGAAGAAAGCUAUCCAAGCUAUCCAAGAUAACAAUUUCGAAACCGCUUCAGAUGAUAUGUUCUCAUUCCACUAUAAAGUAGCUAGAGAAAAUAGAAUUGUGAUUUCUG